GAUCUAUCGAUUUUUCCAGAUGUCAUCAACAAACUUGUCAUAAAAAUGUGUAAACACUUAAAACUUGGAUAAAUAAUUAAAUUAGGACUGACUUUGGGGUGUUGUGACCUUAAAAACUCGCUCAUUUGUGUCAAUAGUGCGUCCUAGUCGUUUAAAAAAAGUAAAAUGUUGACCUAACCCCAAAAACCAAAAUGUAAAAUCAAUCUCUGUGACGUUUUUGGGACACGUAUCUGAUAAACAAGUGGAAAUAAAUCAAAAGUGAUAACCAUGUGCCACAAAUUGUUAAUUUUCGCGUUGGUUUGCCUCAUCUGCUGCGAAUUUUCCGACGAGAGUUUGCAGGGGCCUACCAAGAGCAAGCGCGACGAAGAGGAGAAGUCCGAUGAUUCGGACGAGACUUCGCCUCUUAGGGUGGUCCCGGCGCCCGACUUGUCCAAAGACCGCGACCGCCGGAAAGGUAAGCUGACCGUCCAAGUGGAAAUCCGAGACAGAGACGCCGUUGAUCUUUUCAUGCUCGACCAAGCCAAAGUCAUUCAAAAGAUGGUGCAAGAGAUCGGCUUGAAGAACUUCAUGCUUGAAGAACCGGAAGAACUCCCCCUUGAAGACCUGCCCCCGCCGCCGGAGCUCCCCGCCCACGAACCGACCCCAGAGGAAAUCGAGGCGAAGACGAUUUACGACACCGCCACGGCGAUUUUAAAUAAAACCCGCCCCGAUAAAAAACACGCCUACCAACUGUUGGCAGAAGCUGCGAAAAAGGGGAAUCCCGAAGCGAAGGCACUCGUUGCGUGGGCGAAACUCUUCGGGAAUCCCCUAGAGCAGGAUUUGGAAACGGCCAAAGAGAUUUUCCGGAGUUUGGCCGAGGGGGGGCACCCUGAGGGGCACACGGGACUUGGGUUUUUGUACGCGUCAGGGUUGUCAGUUAACGUGAGUCAGGCCAAAGCCCUCGUACAUUACACGUUUGGGGCGAUUGGGGGCAACACCUGGGCGCAGAUGGUCUUGGGGUACAAGUACUGGUCGGGGAUCACUGUGGCCCCCAGUUGCGAGAAAGCGCUAGAUUUUUACCGACAAGUGGCUGAUAAAGUGAGUCAAGGGGUUUCUUUCGGGGGCGGAGCCGCCAUUCAAAGAAUCCGUCUUUUGGACGAAUUGGAGAAUGGAUAUUCAUCGGGCAUUUUAGAUAAUGAUCUAAUUGAAUAUUAUCAACUUUUGGCCGAAAAAGGAGAUAUUCAGGCGCAAGUGGGUCUUGGACAGUUGCAUUAUCAAGGCGGCCGUGGUGUUGAUUUGGAUUACCAGAAGGCCAUGCAUUAUUUUACUCAAGCAGCGAAUGCGGGAAAUGCCAUUGCUAUGGCCUACUUGGGAAAGAUUUAUUUGGACGGCAGUGACGAGGUGAAGGCCGACAACGACACCGCCUUCAAAUACUUUAAAAAAGCCUCCGAUUUGAACAAUCCCGUUGGCUUAAGUGGCCUCGGUUUAAUGUAUCUUUACGGCCGAGGAGUGGAAAAAGACUACACAAAAGCGUACAAAUAUUUCCUAGCCGCCGCUGAUCAAGGCUGGGUCGAUGGCCAACUCCAACUCGGAAAUAUGUAUUUUAGCGGUUUGGGCGUUCGAAAAGACUACAAACUUGCAAACAAAUAUUUUUCACUCGCAUCACAAUCGGGCCAUGUCUUGGCCUACUAUAACCUGGGCCAAAUGCACGCUCAAGGCACCGGAAUGUUACGAUCGUGCCCGACCGCAGUCGAACUGUUCAAGAAUGUGGCAGAAAGGGGGCGCUGGGGCGAAAUUCUGAUGCAAGCGCAUUCGGAUUACACUGAGGGGCGUUUUAAUGAGGCUUUUGUGCAGUACGCCCUCUUGGCUGAGUUGGGGUAUGAGGUGGCUCAAAGCAAUGCUGCGUUUUUAUUGGACAGGAAUGAGGUGCCCAUGUUUACGAUUCAGGAAUCUUUGGCACGGGCGUUGCUCUAUUGGGGGCGCGCAGCUGCUCAGGGCUAUUCAGCUGCUCAAGUCAAACUAGGGGAUUAUCAUUAUUACGGAUUGGGGACUCCAGUCGAUUAUGAAACUGCGGCUAGUCAUUAUAGACUGGCGUCCGAGCAGCAACAUAACGCUCAAGCCAUGUUUAAUUUGGGGUACAUGCACGAACAGGGCUUGGGAAUGGCCAAGGAUGUGCAUUUGGCCAAAAGGUGCUACGAUUUGGCUGCUGAGACAAGUACUGAUGCUAAGGUUCCGGUGGCUUUGGCGCUUUUUAAACUGAAUUUGAUGUUCAGUUUGGAUAGUUUGAAAGAGAGCCACCUAUCGAGUUUGUUGGACUUUAACGAGAUGUUUGGGUCGAAUUGGGAUUUGUAUUUGAUUACCACGCUCACGGCUAUUCUUGCAGCGAUUGUUUAUUUCCGGAGACCGCAAGCGCCCGCUGUUAUACACAUUUUUUUAUAAAUUGUACGGUUUUAGUUGAAAAAUAAAUGUUACAUAAAAGA